AUCAGGGACAGACAUGGCAGGAAGCUCAGCAAGUCUCCCAUGGCUGGAGAAAACCAGGUUACAGAUUCAGAACCUGCAGGAGUGGAAGGAGUUCACUGGCAAAUUAUAUGAUGCUGUACAGCAGCAGAUGAAUGAGAAUAAUAUUAAGUUCUUCAAUGACCUGUCAGAAUCUGAAAAGGUUUUUGUCCUGGAAAAAGCAGCCAAAGCUCUACAUUCAGGUGUCACCUACAAUAAAUUAGCUGGACACAUCAGCUCUUGUCUGGAAGAAAAUAUAUACAGGGAUGUUGCUCAGGAACUGCAAGAUGUCAGCGUUCCGAGAAGUCAGUCUGACUUGGUGGCUUCCCAUAUUCAGGAUGGAGUGGUCAGUAUUCUUGAAAAAAGACCCACCCUGAAAGUAAAACUACACAUCCUCUUCAAUCAGCCUAUACCUGCAGCCUUUAGAGCGUUAGCUUGGAAGCUGCAACUGUCCAACACAAAGGCCCGAAUGGAAUAUCUAACACAAGUGUCUUUGAACAAGGUCCGCUCUAUCCUGGAAAGGGAUAUAGCACUGCAUUGUGAUACUCUUCUUUCCCAAGAGCAAACACUACAGCACCUAAAAGACAACAAGAAUGCAGGAAGAUGUAUGCGGAAUGUAUUGUCCUAUUAUCACAAGCGCAGCCAAGUUAGCCUCUUAAAAGAAGACUACAUUUUGCUUGUACCUCUGGUUCAGGUUGUGAUGGCCUCAUCUAGUCCCAGCACCUCACUGGAAUCAAUGACCACACUACUGGUGGAGCAGUAUAUUGCUUUCAUGGAUUUAAGACCAACUAUAAUGUGCCAGAAUCAGAAAAAUGAGAAUGGAACUAAUGAUAAUGAGGUUUUCCAGUCCAUUGCAUCUUCAUUAGAAAAAACAGACCCAGAUUUGGCACAUGCAGCCCAAAAAAUGUACACUUCACAAGCUGAGGAUCCAGAAUAUGCCUUGACACUUGCUAUGAAAAGGAUAUUACAGCCUGUCUUCCAAGUCUUCUUUGUCGGUUAUCUGGACAUGAAUACUUUGUUGUAUGUGUGGGACCAGUACAUUCUUGGACUGGAUGAACCAAGUUAUAACUGCCUGCCAAGUUUCGGCUUGACCUUUCUCCUGCUUCUUCAAAGGCAUCUCAUUGGGUGCAGCUCUCACAGUGAUAUAGAAGCAGCACUUAAAGCCAACGGACCAGCUUUAUCUGUCCAAGAUUUUCAGAUGGUGAUAAACAAACAUUUUUACCAGGAUCUCUUCAAUGCACUGAACCAAGGAGGGAAAAGCCAGAUUCCAGUACAUGAUCCAACACAAGCUACUUCACAGUGGAACUAUAUUUCAAAAGUGACGGCACCUUUAAGGACAAGGCCACAAGAUCGGCGAAAAGCAAGAGAAGAACGGGAAUUACUCAGAAGGCAAGCUGCAGAGAAGGAGCAGAUAGAAGAACGGAUAAGACGUCAGCAUGAAGAAGAGCAAAGAAGGCAAGAGGAAGAAAGAUUGAACAGACUGUUGGAGGGUACCAGGAGGGAAUAUGAAAAGGAGAAAUCUGAUCUUGAAAAUCAACUUAGACAGGAGCAGCAGCAGAACUAUGAAUUAGAGAAGCGGGCAACCAAGCAGAUAAAUGACUUGCAAAGUGAAGUCAGAAGGCUGUUACAGCAAAGAAGGAGAUCUUUUGGUGGACACUCCAUAGAAAGUGUCAUGGCUCCGCCACCUUCAGUGAGUUCACAGACCCCUCCAGAGAGAAGGCUAACUACCACUCCAUUGUCUCCUGGACAGGACGCUGGGACACUGCCCUCUAUUAAAGAAGUCAAUGGAAAAACAGCCAACACUGUGGUGCUUGAUCUGGUAAAGCACAUGAUGAAUUCUGCAGACAUGUUCAUUAAUGGCCGAACUAUAGCAGAAAAAGAUACAUUGAAUGGAAUUACAAGAAAACACCAGAAGAACUAUGAAGAGGAUGUUAAGAAUGCAGAGAUGGAACUAUUUGGCCGUGAGCUAGAAUUAAAUGAGCUAGAUUACAUAGAAGAACCCAAAAGAACAAAAAUAUCAAAGAGACUAUCCCAAGCAAUAAAAAGACGGACAGACGCCCGCUAUACAGCUACCAUGAAAGCAGGAGGACAAAACUUGCCAAAAAAUGUUACCUACGUAGAUCAACUAUAGGUUACAAUUAAUGUAUGCCUUUUUCUAUUGCAAAAUGAUUGCACUCUUUUUUUUUUUAAACUCUAGCAUUUGCACUACACAGUAAAUGUGUUGAAAGUAUGACCAGUGUUUCUGUAUGAAAUGUAUUAGUGUAACCACAGGCAAUAAACACUGUCUGAUGAUGUUUAUGAUU